GGGGUACCUUGUGACAGCUGUGCUCUUCCUUUCAGAUCAAGAAUGCUGAAGACAAGAUGGAUCCUCUAGUUUAUCUGAGCCCGCUGAAAGUCAGCGUCUCUACUCUCCCACACCCCAUUUGCCCACCGCGUCCACGGGCACCUGACCCCGCUCUCUUCAACUCCUCCUGGAAGAAUCAGUAGAGCUGUCACAGUACACAAGGGAGACAGGUUAACCCUUCCUGUGUAAAUAUGACUGGAUGGAGGUCUCAGUGGCGUCUGGUCCUGCUCAACUCACUGACAUGUGGCCUGGAGAUCUGCGUGGCUGCUGGGAUCACCUACGUGCCCCCUCUGUUGCUGGAAGCUGGUGUGAAGGAGCAGUACAUGACAAUGGUUUUAGGCAUCGGACCAGUCCUGGGCCUUCUCUUCAUCCCCCUGAUUGGCUCAGCCAGUGACCACUGCAACAGUAGCUAUGGCCGCCGGCGACCCUUCAUAUGGCUUCUGUCAUUGGGUGUUCUCCUAGCCCUCCUUAUCAUUCCGCAUGCUGAUGUGCUGGCCGCCAACCUUAGCUGGGGCAGCGCCAGCCGCAACCAGGCUCUCCAGGUGGGCUUGCUCAUCCUUGGUGUGGGACUAUUGGACUUCUGUGGGCAGGUGUGCUUCACACCACUAGAGGCGUUGCUCUCAGAUUUAUACCGUGAACGGGACGACUGUGGACAGGCUUUCGCAAUGUUCUCCUUCAUGGUUAGUCUAGGUGGUUGCAUUGGUUACUUGUUACCCGCAUUGGACUGGAGCAGUGGGCUUCUCUCAUUCUACCUGGGAGGGCAGGCUGAGUGUCUGUUCUCCCUCCUCAUCUUCAUCUUCGUGGUCAGCGUGUUGGUCACCAUGAAAGUGUCCGAGGAACCUACAUGUGGGACGUCUGUCCUGGAACCUGGGCCAUUGGAGUCUGGAUGGUGUUUUCCACACUCAUGCUGCUAUCUGUUUCAGUAUAAGCUGCGUUAUCUGAAGUCAGGCCCAUUGCUAUGUCUGCUGAGGACUUGCUGGUCUAUGACACCAGCCAUUUACCGCAGCUACUGCCAUGUUCCACGUGUUAUGCGACAGCUGUGCUUGGCUCAGCUAUGCAGCUGGAUGGGUGUCAUGUCCUUCAUGCUCUUCUACACAGAUUUUGUUGGUGAGGGACUGUAUGAAGGAGUUCCAAGUGCUGCUCCGGGCACUGCUCUCAGGCAACGCUAUGAUGAAGGUAUUCGUAUGGGCAGUCUGGGCCUGUUCCUGCAGUGUGCUACCUCAACAUUCUUCUCACUGGUCAUGAGCAGGCUGGUGCGUGUCUUUGGGUCCAGGAUGGUCUAUUUGAGCAGCAUGGUUAGCUUCACCAUUUCUGCCCUGGUUAUCUGUCUGACCAAGAGUGUACUGUUGGUCACGGCUAUGUCAGCCCUCACUGGCUUUGCCUAUGCAACACUGCAGACCUUGCCGUACACACUUACCUGCCACUACCACAAAGAGAAAGAGGUGUACAUGCAAAACAGCAAAACCAAAAAACUGCACAAGAAUGGAUUCACCAUCACAAGGGAUUCUGUUUGUUUCAAUUUAGACAAUGACCCUGGAGAUCUCAGCCACAAGAAUGGCAUUUCCAAUGGGCAUGCUUAUCACAACAGUGAUGGACAAGAAUAUUACCCCCCUCUGCACAAUCAUAAUGGUACACCCCUUGGUCUGGAUUCAGAGGAUUUCGAAAAACGUGGGGUGGGACUAGACUUUGCCAUUCUGGACAGCACAUUCCUUCUCUCUCAGGUCUUCCCCACCCUCUUCAUGGGCAUGAUCGUCCAGUUCACGGAGUCUGUAACUGCGUAUAUCGCCUCUUCUGCCAUCUUUGGUACCAUUGGCAUUUAUUUUGCCACCCACAUCAUCUUUGACCAAAAGGACCUCAGAAACUGAAAGAUGCAGUUAUGAUGUCAUGUUUGCUUUGAGGAUGAAUUGUGCAUAAGCAGUAUAGACUGCUUUCUCCAUCAGAUUUCUAUGCCUAAAGACAAAUAACAUUGUUGGUGCCUAUGUCAAACUGGACGUGAUGUAAAUCCUGUUAUUUCGUUAAGACUUUUUGUAAAGAACUAUUUUAUUGUAUCUAUUUUUUAUAUUGAUAAUAUAUACAUAUAUUUAUAUCCCUAUGGGAAUUUUUUAUGCAACCCAUUUUGGUGAGGUCAUCUGUAUUGACGUAGUCACACUAACCUCAUUUGACUUGUCUUAAUGAGGUUUCUUGGUCAGUAAUCAAGACUAAAAGCACAAUACAGCCAUUUAUAAAAUGUCAAUCUAGUGUUCAAAAUGACAAUCUGGGAUAUUUUUCCACAGGAAACUUUACACACAGACCAUAACUAAUGUUAACAAAUGGAACAUUAUUGGAAAGAUAUAUUUCCAUAUUUUUCAGAGCUGAAUAACUGCCGGACCUUUUUGUGUGUGAAUAAAUGUGCAUCAUUAAAGUGCAUAAGAAAGACAAACCUUGCUAUACAAUUAUUUAUUUUGUUAGAGGGGAAAAUAAUAGAAUAUGCUAACUUCUGGUAUUUUUUCUUUGUUUUCCUGAAUCUGUAAAUUGUGAUUAACACAUUUGUAUGUCAACAGAGGAUAAACACUUUAACUAAAGUGGUGUUAAAUAGCCUUUAAUGCUUUAAAUGAGCACAUUGUCAUACUAUAAAUAAAGAUGAUGCAAUU